AUGGCAAAGAAAAGUAAAGAUACAACAGCUUCUACAGCUAAAAAAGAAGCUAAAGCUAAAGCUCCUGUAGAUCCAAUUGCAACAAGAAAUCUUCUACGUUUAUUAAAUAUUCUUGCAUUAUUAUUAGCAAUAACAGCAUUUAUUCUUCAACUUUUUGCUGUUAUAACUCAUCAUUGGAAAUGGCAAACAACAGAUCUUCAUCCAUUAUUUGCAUCAAAAGAUCGUGUUAAUCAAGCAAAUAUUGAUAGUGAUAGUCGACUUGAACAACGUUAUGGUUUAUAUUCACGUGAUGUUAAAGUUUAUGCUAAUAAUGAUGAACAACUUGAUAUUCUUGCAAGUACACGUUUUCCAAGAUUAGAUAAUGGUGAUGACGAUUUACAUAUAUGUUUAUCCCAGACAUCUACUCUUCGAGGUUCAUUACUUGCAUGUUCUGAUCGUAUUGCUUCAGCAGAACAAUGUCAUUGUCGACGAUAUCCACAUUGGAAUGCAAUAAUUUUUUUUGAAAUUACUGCAUUAGUAUUACUUGGUCUUGUUGUUCUGGUUUGUGCUUUACUUUCAACACAAUUUCGUGAAUUACUUAAAUUAAUUGGUGUUGCUUUAUCAUUUAUUGCUUUUCUAUUUUUAUUACUUGGUCUUAUUAUACUUCUUAGUUAUCUUAAACGUGAAACACGUUCAAUUGCUGAUACAUAUCCUCAUACUUAUUUAAGACUUGCUAGUCCAAUUACUAGAGGUUAUCAAGCACAAACACAUAAAAUUGUUCGUCGUCAAGCACAUGAAACUUAUCGAGCAUAUUCUUUAUCAUCUGGUCAACGUCCAUAUAAUGAAACACAUUUUUACCAAUAUUUAACAGACACAGGUAAAUGGGUUCCAAGACCUUAUACAGAUUUGAACAAUGCUGCUUAUGAACCACGUGCAUAUCCUGUUCAUACUCAACGUGCAACAACACCUGCACCAGCUUUAUAUAAUCGAUAUGGUCCACCAUUAGGUUAUGAUGAAGUUUAUGAAAAUACACAUGCUUGUAUUGGUUGGUCAACUGCAUUAUCAAUAAUCGCUAUGAUUCUGGCAUUACUUGUAGCAUUGAUUCUUGUUUUUUCAUGGCUUACAGCUAAAAAAUUAGCACCAGAAGUAAAAACAGUAACAACAACAACUGUUAGAACUGAAUAUACAUCAGUACCACAAGAAGUUAGCAUUGAAACAAUACCUUUAACAAAACAAAUUAUUACUGAAGAUAUUCGACACGGACCUUAUGAUAAUUAUGGUGGACGACAAGAACCAGUUGUUAUACAAGAUGUUGUUAUUCGUGGUGAACAACCAAUAGCAACACAAACAUAUCGUACAUAA